AUGACUCUCAAGCGUAACGAGAGAGGAUCCUUUCGACAAUUGGUCGCGGAUUUGGGUCGGCUGCCCAAGGCUCUGACGACAGUACGAGCACGAGCAACAGACGUCCCGACGGACGUAGCGGAGUUAACGUCCCAACUUGUGAUUUACCCGGUAAUCACACCGGCUACUACUAAUUGUCUUGCCAUGGCUAUUGCCCAAGCGGCAACGGACGCGUCCCUGGACGGUCCAGACAGGCAUCUGGAGCUACUGACAGCUUGCCUUAAACGGGGGAUUAAAUUGUCGGGCUUGCUGGAUCUGGAGGAUCAGUAUGCUCACGAUCAUAGAGUUCAUGCUGAUGCUGGCUAG